AUGAAAUUGACCUCUGAAUCGGUCCAAAUUGAGCUGAAGAAUGGUACUGUGGUGUCUGGCACAAUCGUUUCAGUAUCGCCAAAUAUGAAUACAACGUUGCGAGGAGUAAAAAUGACUAUUAAAGACAGAGAUCCUGUUGCGCUUGACUAUAUCAAUCUUCGAGGAAACACCAUUCGAUUCUACAUCUUACCAGAGUCGUUACCGUUGGAUACGUUACUGAUUGACGAUACUCCCAAACCGAAACAACGCUCAAAACCAGAGAUUACGCGAGGAAGAGGCCGUGGCAGAGGUGGUCGUGGCGGUGGCAGAGGCAGGGGACGCCCGGGAAGAGGGUUCUAG